GCCGGGAGCGCGGGGGCCUCGAAGUCCCAGGGCCAAGGGGAGGGCGUGGGGGUUCCCCAGAAGUUCCGGACCCCGGGACUGGGAGCGGCGCGAGGGGUCCCCAAGUUCCAGGGCUGGAGGGAGCGCGGGGGUCCCGAAGUUCUGGAUUCAGGGUCGGAGAGGGGACUGUGCGGGAGGCUCCCAAAGUUCUGGACCCGGCGUUGGAAGAGGCUGCGAAGAGGUCCCCAAAGCUGCGGACCUGGGCUGGGGUACUGGCGUGGGAGGGGUCCGGACGUCCCGGACCCAGGGACUGGAGGGGUGGCAGGGGGUCCUCGAAGUUUAGGAGUCUAGGACAACGCGGGGGACCGGGGUCCCGGACCCGGUUAGAGGAGGAGGCACGGAGGGUGUCCCCGGAGUUACCGUCCUGGGGUUGGAGGAGGCAGAAGAGGUGUCCCCGAAGUUCUGGACCCAGAAACGGGGCGUCGCGAGAAUCUCGGAAGUUCCAGGGUCAGAGCGCGCGUCCCGGAGUUGGGGCGUGCACUGGGUGUCCUCCUGCCUCGGGUGGGGAUGGGAUCCUGAAUUAAUAUUAACCCCUCCGUCCCCCGCACUGGGGUGCAUGGGAUGGGGCCUCAUCCACCGGCCAGAUUGGGGAUCCCGGGCACCGGGCGGUGUCGGACCCCCCCUCCGGGAGCCCCGUGGCCGGCGGCAUCCGAGGCGCAUGACUAGUUGGGGCCAAACCAGUGCUCCUGCCACCUCUCUGGCUGCCCCCUAGAGCCUGCCCAUCCCAGCCUGACCAAUGUCCACAGCCAGGGAGCAGCCAAUCUUCAGCACACGGGCGCACGUGUUCCAAAUCGACCCAGCCACCAAGCGAAACUGGAUCCCGGCGGGCAAGCACGCACUCACUGUCUCCUAUUUCUACGAUGCCACCCGCAAUGUCUACCGCAUCAUCAGCAUCGGGGGUGCCAAGGCCAUCAUCAACAGCACUGUCACUCCCAACAUGACCUUCACCAAAACUUCCCAGAAGUUCGGGCAGUGGGCGGACAGUCGCGCCAACACAGUCUACGGCCUGGGCUUUGCCUCUGAACAGCAUCUGACACAGUUUGCUGAGAAGUUCCAGGAAGUGAAGGAAGCAGCCAGGCUGGCCAGGGAGAAAUCUCAGGAUGGCGGGGAGCUCACCAGUCCAGCCCUGGGGCUCGCCUCCCACCAGGUGCCCCCGAGCCCUCUCGUCAGUGCCAACGGCCCGGGCGAAGAAAAACUGUUCCGCAGCCAGAGCGCUGAUGCUCCCGGCCCCACAGAGCGCGAGCGGCUAAAGAAAAUGCUGUCUGAGGGCUCCGUGGGCGAGGUACAGUGGGAGGCCGAGUUUUUCGCGCUGCAGGACAGCAACAACAAGCUGGCUGGCGCCCUGCGAGAGGCCAACGCCGCCGCAGCCCAGUGGAGGCAGCAGCUGGAGGCUCAGCGUGCAGAGGCCGAGCGGCUGCGGCAGCGGGUGGCUGAGCUGGAGGCUCAGGCAGCUUCAGAGGUGACCCCCGCCAGCGAGAAGGAGGGGCCGGGCCAGGGCCAGUCACUGGAACAGCUGGAAGCUCUGGUGCAAACCAAGGACCAGGAGAUUCAGACCCUGAAGAGUCAGACUGGGGGGCCCCGUGAGGCCCCGGAGGCUGCCGAGCGCGAGGAGACUCAGCAGAAGGUGCAGGACCUGGAGACCCGCAAUGCAGAGCUGGAGCACCAGCUGCGGGCGACGGAACGCAGCCUGGAGGAGGCACGGGCAGAGCGGGAGCGGGCGCGGGCUGAGGUGGGCCGGGCGGCGCAGCUGCUGGACGUCAGGCUGUUUGAGCUGAGUGAGCUGCGUGAGGGCCUGGCCCGCCUGGCUGAGGCUGCGCCCUGAGCUGGGGCUGGUUUUCUAUGAAUGAUUCCGGCCUGGGAUGUGGGCCAGGCUGCAGGCGGCAUAGUUGGGUCCACUCGUCCUGGAAAGGGACUGGGGGUCCCAACUUAGCCCUGGGUGGGCCGGGCCGAGCUGGGAUGGGCCCCAGCCAGCUCUGGCUGUUGGCAGCUUGGGGGCUGUUUUUGAGCUUCUCAUUGUGUAGAAUUUCUAGAUCCCCAGAUUACAUUUCUAAGCGUG